CCUAUAUAGAUAUAACUGUACAUGUAGAAUGUCGCUUUGUGAUUGCUGUGGCCUGUUUAGAACUGGAAAAUCUGAAGAGCGUGAGGAAUCGACCGGCAUUCGGUCGGAUACCACUAGCUAUUACGCCAUGCUCGGGGAUCUUUAUGAAGAGCUGGACCGGAAGAAAGCGGAACUGCAACGAUUGGAGAAUGCGCAAAGCGACGGCAGCGAGGACUGUGACAGUCUCCAGUGGUAUGGUGGCAGGACGGAGGAAAUGAGCAAGAUCAAGUGGUACGUCGGGCAGGGAAAGGCUUACACCUACCUGAACCGGAAGGGCCGGGGCCAGGGGGACGGAAGUAUGGCCGUCAUGGCAACUGAUUCGAAAAGCAAAGGACGGAAUGUAAGCAAUAAUCGGAUUGGUAAGACUGACAUUUUGGAAGAAUUGUUAGAAGAAAUCCCGUUGGACAACUAUGGCAGUAACGUAUUUCUAAUAAAGGCUAUUUGA